AUGUUGCUUGGAAACCGAGUUGCCGGUAUGGCAACUUGUUGCCAGGACGCUGUUUUCAGUUUGCUGCUGGUUUUGUCAAUAUUCGCAAAGAUGUCGAAGGCUUCAGGUUCCGAAGAUGAGCCACUGGUACCCGAAGAUUUUGAUGAUGAUUUCUUCCGGGAGCUGGGCGAGAAAAUACCCGAGGCAACAAAGGCCUUGCGGCAAAAGGACACGCCAAACAAUGCAGACAAUGUGCAGCGUCUGUUGAUCUGCGGUACACGCUACAAGAAUGAUCUGCGCAUGGAGGAAGGACGUUCGCAGGAGCUGCGCGAACAGAUAGCCGCACUCGAGGGACGCCUGGAAAAUGCGGCGCGUGUAAGCAAGCUCGACAUGGCCACCAUUGAGGAGCUGCGUGGCGUGAUAGAGGGCGCCUGGAAGCAGAAGGAUGCGGCGCAGAUACGCGAACAGACGGCACAGGACGAGGGAUUGCGACUGCGUCAGAAACUGGAGACAGCGGAAUCCAUGGUGGUAUUUCUAACUGAAAAAGGUCAAGCGAUGAGCAACAAGCGUGAGGAUACCAAAGAGUGCGAAAGACUCAAUGGCGAGAUCAAGGACCUAAACAAACGACUGCAAUUACAGCGCGUCUACACCGCCGAGGUGGAGGGCAACAUUCAGGCGCUGGAGGGCAAGAACAAAGAACUGCUCAAGCUGCUCGAUGAAACCUCCAGCGAUGCCUGUAACUUGAAGCGCAAGUGCGACGCACUCGCCAAGGAGCUGGCAACUAUGAAGAGCGAUGAGACGAAGUAUCUGGAGCAGAUAGCGCACACAAAGUCGCAAAACGAGCAUCUGACCAAGGUGAAGGUGCGUCAGAAUCUACAGAUACUCUCGCUCAAAACGAAUCUGGAGCAUUUGAAUACACUGCACAACAGCACCUGCAAUAAGUUGGCCAAGAUCACUGUGGAUCUGGAGUACACGGUGGGAGAGCGUGACAAGAACAAACGUGCGCUAACGCAGCGCAUCAAUCUGUUGAAGAUGCGAGAGGAUGAACUCAUCAAGCAGCGGCAGGACAAUGCCAAGCUGGCCAAAUCCCAGGAGACUAUUGCACGCAAAUACGGCGGACUGGAUAUGACCAAGCAGGAGGUCGAAAAGGAGAACAUGCGGCUCAAAACACAGCUGGGCACGCAGGACAAGGAGCUGGAAUCCAUGCGACGUGUGGUGCAUCAUUUCGAGAAGAACAACGAGAAUCUGACCAAGGAACGCGAUGUGCUGAAGCGAGAUUUACAGAGUGAGCAUCAGACAGCCGAGCAGAGCGAAGCUUUGUAUCAAGAAUCGCAGCAUGAACUGCGUGCCCUCAAGGACAUUGUGAGUGGCAUGGAUCUGAAGGUGAAAAAGCAACAACAGGAUAUCAAGAAGCACAAAAAGGAAAAGUCCAAAAAGCUAGACGAGAUUCAGCACUGGAUCGACAAGCUCGAUCUGCUGCAAAAUGAAAUUCACUUGAAGGAGAACUAUGAGAUCGAGUUGAAGCGCACCAUCAGCGAUCUAGAGGCCAAGUGCUCCAAGUUCCAGCAGCAACAUGAUCUGUUAACCAACGAGCGUCAAAGUCUGCAGCGAUCACUGCAAACCGCCGACGAUGAGCGACAAAAGCUGCGUGAUCAAGUGACUAAUUUGCAGGCACAGAUUGAGUCACUUAAAGGCAAGAUUACCUAUCGAGAUGGCGAGCUUAGUAAGCUGCAGCUGCAGAUCGAUCGCAUGGAGAAGGAGCGUCGCCUGCUGCGCAACGAUGUGCGCCAUGCGCAGCUGGGACAACAGCACACCAAGGCCGAACUGCUUGAUAAGCGCAAGGAGAACGACCGUCAUGCCAAGUCGCUGCAGGAGGACGAACAACGAUUGGCUCGAUUGCGCAAAGACGUCGACAAUCUGAUGAACGAGAAGAACGCUAUCAAUGCGGCGCUUACCAAGCGCAACGAGGAAUACGCUCGCCUCCAACACAACCUAGAGAAUCUGCAGACGGCCUACGAUCAAACGGAGCGUCAAUGCACCCAAUGUCAGGAUGAUAUGCGUCUCAUGGCUGUCGAGAUUAAGAAUUUGCGCACAGAGCGCAAUGUGUUGCGCACGGAUCGCGAGAGCGCCGCCGAUUUGCGACAGGAACUGCUGCAGAUGCAGCGUUUGCUUAACCAGGAGCGGAUCAAAGCGCGUGCACUGCAGGAUGAGAUGAUGACGCCCAUGAACAUACAUCGCUGGCGUCUGUUGCGUGGAAAAGAUCCCGAGAAAAUGGAUCUGCUCGAACGCAUACAAAUUCUGCGUCGACAGCUGCUGGGCCAGAAUGUGGCAGCUCUUGAGCAGGAACGUGCGCUGAACGAAGCGCAACAACUCUAUGCCGCACUCAAGGAGUUCAUGCUCAAGCUGCCCAGUCACAAGGUGCAAGCAGAGCUCAACACCAUCAAAGUAAAAAUCAAUUCUCAUUUACAAUAUAAAAUAUGUGUAUAUUAAAAGAUUACAUUUCAUUCAUAGGCUAGCUUGUCGGCCAAGGAUCGAAAGCUGAAGGUGCUGAUGGCUGAGCUGAGUGCUCGAGAGGCGGACGACAAAUUCAAAUCACUGAAGCUGGAGGAGAUGCGCGGCAAUCUGGCGCAGACCAAGACCCAA